GAACUGGAUGACAAAACUGAGACGAGAUGUGUCAAGCCUUAGUUUUUUGGAUUUCUCUAUCCCAUCCUAGGUUUUGGACUUUAUAGACUUCUGCAAAUUUAAUUAUUUAUUAUCCGUAAGAUGGUGGCCAACUGUUCUUAACGUUAUACAAUGAGCUGACAGGUCAAUCUUUUGUUAUUCUUGUGAAGAUUCAACGCAUAAGCAUCCCCUUUUCUUCUUCUUGCUUGCUUUGACAGGAUGAGCUUGUUAUAUGAGUCACCUUAGUUGAGAUUUGUGGAGUCCAUUAUUGUUGAGAGCUUUAUCUAAUCGGAGUUUUUUCAUAUCAGUUUCAAGCAUUUCGGUGGCAAUGGUGUGUAAAAAUAUCAGUCUGUGCAUAUUCAUUGUUUGCUCUGUUCUGGUUCAUGUUCUAUCUGCUGAACUAAGCUUGGAAGCUGAAAACCAGGCCUUGAAGGCUUUCAAGAAUGGCAUCACGCAGGAUCCUUUAGGAGCACUUGCUAAUUGGACUGAUGCAACCCAUCACUGCAACUGGUCUGGUGUUGCCUGUGACCCUUCCUCGAAUCUUGUCAUCUCCAUUUCUCUUGUUGACAAGCAGCUUCAUGGGCAGAUAUCUCCAUUUCUUGGAAAUCUCUCAGCUCUCCAGGUUCUUGAUUUGACUUUAAAUUCAUUCACUGGGAACAUUCCACCCCAGCUAGGACUUUGCUCUCAGUUAACAGAACUUACUCUUUAUGAAAAUUCCCUUUCAGGUCCAAUUCCAGAAGAAUUAGGAAACCUUCAAAAUCUGAUUUCUGUAGAUUUAGGUGACAAUACCUUGUCUGGAAAUAUUCCUGAAAGCAUUUGUAGCUGCACUUCCUUGCAAGCGCUUGGUGUCAUUUUUAACAAUCUGACAGGACCAAUACCCAGAAACAUAGGGAACUUGGUUAACCUGCAACUUUUUGUUGCAUAUGGAAACAACUUAGAGGGCUCAAUACCUGUUUCAGUUGGAGGAUUGCAAGCUUUGCAAGCUUUAGACCUGAGCGUAAACCAUUUGUCAGGACGAAUACCUGGAGAGAUAGGGAACUUGUCCAACUUGGAGUACCUUCAGUUGUUUGGAAAUUCUCUUGUUGGCGAAAUCCCUGCUGAACUAGGUCGCUGUAAAAGCCUUGCACAUCUUGAACUAUACAGCAAUCAGCUCUCUGGAGCCAUUCCCUCUGAGCUUGGAGAUUUGGUCUAUUUAGAAACAUUGCGGUUGUAUAAAAAUAGGCUGAAUUCUACGAUUCCGCUUUCCUUAUUCAACUUGACUUCAUUAACCCAUUUAGGUCUCUCAGAAAAUCAAUUAACUGGAAUAGUACCUUCUGAGAUAGGAUCACUGAGGUCAAUGGAGGUAUUGACACUACAUUCAAACAAGUUCACAGGGGAGAUACCUUUUACAAUAACAAGCCUGUCAAACUUAACAUACCUGUCUAUGGGCAUGAAUUUCCUGACAGGGAAACUUCCAUCAAAUAUAGGAGUGCUUUACAAUUUGAGGAACCUUAGCCUGAACUACAACCUUCUUCAGGGAAGUAUUCCUUCUAGUAUCUCCAAUUGUACCCAACUUCUGCAUAUAGAUUUAUCUUAUAAUAGGAUUACUGGGAAAAUUCCCUGGGGUUUGGGGCAGUUGCAUAAUUUAACAAAGCUAUCUCUUGGACCAAAUCUAAUGUCUGGGGAAAUACCUGAUGACCUUUAUAAUUGCUCCAAUCUUGAGAUCUUGAGUUUGGGAGAGAACAAUUUCAGUGGAUUGCUAAAAUCAGGAAUUGGGAAGCUCUAUAAUCUCCGGACUCUCAAAGAUGGCUUCAAUUCUUUCACAGGGCAAAUCCCACCAGAGAUUGGCAAUUUAAGUCAACUGAUCACUUUAUCACUUUCUGGAAAUAGGUUUUCAGGCUUCAUUCCACCAACAUUAUCCAAGCUUUCUUCCAUCCAAGGGCUUGCCUUGCAAGGAAAUGAUCUAGAAGGUGCAAUACCCGAGACUAUUUCUGAACUGAAAAAUUUAACUGUUCUGUUCCUGGGGCUCAACAGGUUCACGGGUCCAAUUCCAGAUGUUAUCUCAAAACUUGAAAUGCUUUCAGACUUGGACCUGCACAGCAACAUGUUAAAUGGGUCCAUUCCUAAAAGUAUGGCGGCUCUUAAUCGACUAAUAUCUCUUGAUAUCUCUCACAACCAUCUCACAGGAUCAAUUCCUGGAUCUAUGCUGUCCAGCAUGAAAAGUAUGCAGAUUUUUCUUAACUUGUCAUACAAUUUGUUGGAGGGAGACAUUCCAGCUGAGCUAGGAAGUUUGGAAGCAGUACAAGCCAUUGAUCUCUCAAACAACAAUCUUUCAGGAGUCAUUCCUGAAACACUUGGAGGCUGCAGAAACUUGUUCUCCCUUGAUCUGUCAGGGAACAAACUCUCUGGUCCAAUUCCAGAUAAACCUUUGAGCCAUAUGAGGGUUCUUACAAGCAUGAACCUUUCCAGGAAUGAUUUAGAUGGUCCAAUCCCUGAAAGUUUGGCAGAGUUGAAGCAUCUAACAACUCUAGACCUCUCUCAGAACCAGCUGAAGGGCAAAAUACCUGAGAGCUUUGCCAAUCUUUCCUCCUUGAAACAACUUAAUUUGUCUUUUAAUCAACUUGAAGACCAAGUUCCUGAGACUGGCAUAUUCAAAAGCAUAAGUGCUUCCAGUUUGAUUGGCAACCCUGGCCUCUGUGGAUCCAAGUCUCUACAGCCAUGCAGGAAAAGGAGUUCCCUUUCCUUAUCGAAGAAAACAGUCUGGAUUCUGAUUUCAAUUGGUGUGGUUUUCACACUUCUUAUUUUGGCGGUAUUGAUCUCAAUACUCCUCCGAUCUGCUAGAAAGCCUAAAGCAGAACGAAUUGAAGAUGCAGAACCAGAAUUCACUUCAAAAUUGAAACUCACAAGGUUUGAGCCGAUUGAAUUAGAAAAUGCAACUAGCUUCUUCAGCGAAGAUAACAUUAUUGGUGCCAGCAGUUUGAGCACUGUUUAUAAGGGCCAAUUGGAAGACGGAGGGAUUGUAGCUGUAAAGAAACUGAAUUUGCAACAGUUCCCUGAAGAAUCUGACAGGAGCUUCUAUAGAGAAGUCAAAACAUUGAGCCAGUUGAGACACAACAAUUUGGUGAAGGUAAUUGGUUAUGCCUGGGAGAGCACAAAACUAAAGGCUUUAGUUCUUGAAUACAUGCACAAUGGGAGCUUGGACAGCAUCAUCCAUGACCCUCAUGUCGAUCAAUCGAGGUGGACAUUAUCUGAGAGAAUCAAUGUCUGUAUUUCAAUUGCAAGUGGACUGGAUUACUUGCAUUCUGGGUAUGACUUCCCCAUUGUUCACUGUGAUUUGAAACCCUCCAACAUUCUGUUGGACAGUAAUUGGGCUGCCCAUGUUAGCGACUUCGGAACGGCUCGCAUACUUGGCGUUCAUCUCCAGGAUGGAAGUAGUCUUUCCUCUGUAUCAUCAGCUUUCCAGGGCACUAUCGGCUAUUUGGCACCAGAAUUUGCAUAUAUGAGGAAGGCAACAACAAAAGUAGAUGUCUUCAGCUUUGGGAUUAUAGUGAUGGAGUUCCUGACAAAACGAAGGCCAACCCAAAUUACAGAAGAGGAUGGACUUCCCAUCAGUCUGAGUCAAGUGAUUGAGAAAGCCCUUGGCAAUGGCAUCGAUGGACUUCUUCAAGUAGUAGACCCUAUGAUUCAUGCUCCCAAGGAUCAAGAAAGAGUUGCAGAGCUCUUUAAGCUUUCCUUGAGCUGUACCAACCCAAAUCCUGAUAAUCGACCCAACAUGAAUGAGGUGCUGUCUUCCCUCAAGAAGCUGAGUUGAUAAACUCCAAAUUGCAAUGAUCUUGAUAAUGAAGUAUCGAAUGAGAGUCAAACUAAAUAAUAAUGUGCAACAGUUUUUGAAUUUCAUUGGAAUGGAUUUGCUGUUUUGGAUGGGAAAUUUAAUAAAA